AUGAAGACCCUGAAACCGGCGUCGAAGGAGGGUGGCAACACGAGGACGACGUCCAAAUCGGAGAGAAAGACUCCUCGAGGCAGGACUUCUCGAGCAUGUGAUCGAUGCCGAGUCAAGAAGGCAAAGUGUGACGGGGACCAAGCGUGCAAACUCUGCCGAGCCACCGACAGCCCGUGUGUAUACUCUGCCAGACGGCGAGAGGCGAGAAACUAUUACUUCCAGAUGCGAGAAGUCACCGAUGCGGCCCUGCAACGACUAUAUUGGGCCUGUCGCAGAAGGACCGGCUUUCCGGGAGACAUUCCCGACGAGUCGAAAGGAGGAGGGGUCUCGACGACCGACAUCCUGCAGGGACUAGGCCUGUUGCCCCCCAACCUCGACGAGCCAAACUUUUUAAGCGAGCCCGAACAGUCGACGACACGGCUGUUCAGUAACAAAACGCCGAUGGUGAUGGUGCAGACGCAAGCCCAAACCACGAACACAAACACUCGCGACGCCGUCGAGGAAGUCGACAAGCACUCCGCCACAUCGAUCGCAUCUACGUCCAGCAGCUCGCCAUCGUCGACGGGACCGGGGAUGACGACGACGACGAGGACCGCGCAAGAGAUGGACAAGAAGACCCAGUUUGAAUUGGCCUCGUCGCUGUCUCCCACGGGCAGAUACGCAUGCUUGACAAAACGGGCGCCGUCCCACGCCGCCCACGACCACCAGCCCUUCUUCCAGGAGCAGUUCAUGGAACCGCGCCUGGAAGUCGACGCCUUUGUCGACAUGGGUCUCUGUACCUCUCCGUCACCACAACCGCCACCGUCCCACCUUUACGGCCAGCAAUUGUCGUCAUCAUCCACCGACGUGCCGGGCAUGCCCGCUUUGCCGCAUAUCCCGUACGGACACCCUCACCACCCGUCGCACGACCUCGUGUUUGAUAACUAUCUGCCCCCGUGGUCCGGGUCUAUAGUUGCGGCGCAGCAGUCGGCUGCGACUGGAUGA